GACGUUAAUGAACGCUGCAGGCCGAGUAGGAGUGGUGCAAAAAAGUAAUUCGCGGCGCCGCGACCAACUCAGAAAGUUUGUCCAAUUCAACGCAGUUCAUCUGUGCGCGCACAUGUGGAUUACAGUAGCAAGCCAACAGACACAAUACUACGACCUGUGAUUUUGAAGUGGAUUUGUGUGAAGACCCCCUCCUAGAAACAGAGCCACUCUCCAGCAUCCCUGUCACACCGCCACCUCUGAGACUAGACAGCACUCAGCUGAGCUACACCUCCGCUCUCUGAAGACCUCACUGUGCAACUGGAGCCAAGAUGGACACCCUAUGUGCGCUUCUGCCUCUACUGCACCUGUGGGCUGCCAUGGCAAAUGCAGACCCCAGCGCGGCGUGCAACCUUGUGGACAUCCCAGGGGACAAGAGCGAGUGGAUCACCGCAGAACAGAUGCCCCUGGGCUGCUCGAGCAACUUCGUGUACCGCAAUGGCACGGAGGAGGCCGAGAUUCAUAUCCUCAGACUGGAGUUCAAGCCCAUGAAGGAUAACUCCCCUAUGUGUGAGGUGGUACUGCCAACAUAUGACAAGCCAUUAAAGAUGAUCAUCACCACCAGUCACAUCGCAGCGUCAAUGUUUGUGAACAUCAAGGGAAACUCAAAUGCCACCAUCUAUAUCUCAAAAAAUGCACAACUUAUAGUGUUUGGGAAAACAACCCUAAAAGAGGACUUUCCCCUGGAGACAGAAGAGCUCUUGAGAUGGACCAGUAAUAAGUUUGGUGGUGUAACAUCCUUUACUGAGGUGCAAGACCCAACCACAUUCAAUUUCACCCACAGACCUGCUACUGGUCCAACCUGCACAUUGACCCCUACUGAGAAGAUGCCCAUGGAGAUGAUCCCCAUCAGCAUGGGGGGCCCCCAGCCAUCAUCUGUGAAGUCCUGCUACCUUCCAGCAGCGAAACAGCAGAAACAGCUGCACAUCAUCAAUAUCCCUGAUGACAUGGACAUUCGCCAUGUGUUAGUGCAUGUGGUCCCGAGUGAGGCAAAGUUGUCUUUGCGAGGUCCCAGUAACACUGUGUGGGAAAUCAAAGGGGGUGAACCUGCGUUUGUGACAAAUGGCCUGGUAAAGAUUACUGGCUUUGAGCAGCCACUCUCCAUUCCCAGCGAGGGAAUGAAAAUGCUUGGCAGUGCCAGAGAUCUUCAGCUGGAGGCCAUGGGCCACUUCAAAUUGGACUACUUCACCAGCUACUCUGAGGUCCGUGUCAGGGGCCCAACUAUCCAACUGGUCAUCGGGGUAGAGGACAGUUCUCCAGGAGUGGUUAAUCCUCCGUCCGCAGUGACAUUUCCUGAUACUACCACCCCUGCCUCAUUGUCUGUUCCCAUGGAGAUUCACCUGUACACCUCACCUGAGUACAGGUCUGCCCUCGACCCCAAGACCCCCCUCCAGACGGACAAGAGGAUCUACGCUGAGAUCACUGGUCAGAUGGCCGGUGGGGUGGAGAUCGCCACUGAGGUCAAGGAGUGCGUGGUGCGCUCCAGGGACGUGUGCGGGCUGCUGAGGGACCUGCCCUUCAGGCCCGAGCCCUGCGCCCUGGCCAGCUGCUCCCACACCACCCGACUCAGCUUCUCCCUGGAGCCCGUCCACGAGCUGGCCCCCAGCAGCUGGGAGCUGGACUGCGACGUGCACUUCUGCACCUCUGCCAAGGCGUGCUACCCAGGAGUAAGAGCCAAGAAAAACCUAGAGGUCAAUCGAACCAAAACUCCACCGCCAAGGCCAUGUCCUGAGUUUGGCUUGUCUGCUGUCCUGGGCAUAGCCUUUGGUGGGUUUCUCAUAGGGGUGCUGUUGAUUGGUGCCCUGUGGUUCAUUAAAAUCCGCACAGGACGCCCUGGGGCUCUGGCUAUAGGAGCAACAGCAGCUCAUCUCACAGGAUGUCAGUGUUGUCUAACCAAACGGCAGCCGGUCUCCGCCAACCCCUCACCCUCCGAGAACAGCAGUGCCAACGCCAGCAUUGGCAGCACCCAGAGCACACCCACCAGCAGUAUGGCAUAAGUGCCUCCCCUCUCUCUCUUAGGCCGUAUGCGCCUCCCUCCAUCUCGCCACACCACCCCCCCUCUCUUCCACCCUGGCUUCCCCCAAGCCGGGCCUCCGGGCCUGGGGAGCGUUGGUGCCUGAGGGGGCUCCCACUGACCGACUGACCUGGCUCCUACCCUCUCCCUCCAAGCACCUCAUUUCUGCAGCCAUGACCAGCCCCUCAGCAAACCCAGCCAGCCAGCACGCCUUGCUCCGUCACGGGAAGCCAGGCGGCGGGGGGGAAGAGGGGAAAAAAAAAGGGAAAAGUCUGCCCUGGGCAACAGGAAAAACACAGCAUAUCCCCCAAGAACUAACAGGAAAUUCAUCACAUUCUUUUCAAUGAAUCCUGCCUCUCGAAUGGCCACACAAUGAGAAUGACGAGGGAGAACAAAA